CAGAGCCCGGAUCAAAUCUCCGUGAUCAAGUGCGGAUGACGUAGGAGGUGUCAUGCAUGCCAAUAAGACACCGGAAAUGGCGUGACGGCAUACAGAUUUGCCUCGGUUGGCCAUAUUGAAGGAAAGGGCGGGCCAGAUCUGACCUUUGGGCCUUGAGUUUGAUGCCUAGGAACCAUCAGAUAAGUAUAUUUUAGUGAAACUGGCGCAAAGUCCUCAAUGCAUGAUGGCAACUUGACAAAGGAUGGAUAGAGAAUGAAUUGAACAAUUCAACAAAAAUGCUACGCAUGUAUUUCUUGAAUUGAAAUGUCUUAUUUCAUGGUCAGCGAAGCAUUCAAAAUAUCUGCGUGUGCGCGUCGCCGCCCCCUUCCUCGACCGUAGAUGCCCACAGUGUCCCCUCGUACUCCCCUCACAGAUAUUUCCCACAAGUAGCACCUCGGCUGCAAAGAUGCAUUGAAGCGGCCCACAGGUGAGUGUUGUCGCCGGUGCAGGAUUUGGAGGGUGCGUGUGAGUGCGUGCUUGUGUGUUUAGGAAGCGAGUGAGCGAGUGAGUGGGCUGGGUGGGGACGUCACGAGCUGUGGACACCAGUCUUUGCAAAAACGAGCGAGGCAGCAGCUGCAGCGGCUCCGUCCGUGCCAGGUGAUGGAAAUAAAUGAAGUGACUGCAAGGCUGUUUGGAAGGUCAUUCCGAGAAUAUGUUUGGACUCCUCAUGAUGAAUGUUUGAGGGCAGUCUUUUCGUGAUCUAAAACUUGACGCAUGAGGUACGCGAUGCCUUCGUUGGCAGCAAUGAGAUGGACUGUUUUUUAUGCAUUGCUGCUCUUCUUGAGGAGACAGGCAGCGUCCGGUAAAGAGAAACAGUGUUCUGUGGCUCCAGUGGGGGCGCUCCACCCAGUUGAGGCCCUGCUGGAGAAGUUUGAGGCGGGCCCGGGCUGUGCCGCCAGAGAGAGUGGGAACAAGGAGACGCAUGUCAUCGCGGUGGGGAGAGGAACCGGCGGCACGGGUGACAACAUGGUCACAAUAUUAUUGAAGCCGUUGUCUCUAAGUCUGAGCAAGUCAGCGUCGAGAAAAAUUUACUUACUCCUCAGCUCCAAGCAACCAAUCAGCUGGAGGCUGGAAGCUGAGAGACUGCCCCCUGAUCUCCCUGUCAUCGUCAAGGUGUCCUCAAACUCCAGCGUACAGUCCCAAACUCUAAGUUUGCUCGUCCGGCCACUUCAGUGGCUCCCUUUCCGCCCGCGUGCGCUAUACCGUUGGGCUCUGAAACACCACGGUAACCUGUCGUCUUUGACACACGUUACCCAUGGAAACCGAGUCUAUGUCCGUCUUGGAGAGGAUCUGACUCAGCCUCCUGUCUGCCAGCUGAAGUCAAUGUUCGUCUCCAACAACUACAUGACUUCGGACCUGCAACCGCAGGAAGUGCACGGCUGCGGCCGUUCGGCAGCAAGUCGAAACGACCCCGAGGUUCACGUCAUCAAACUCCAUUCCGCAGGCUCGGGACUCUGCGGCUCACUGCAGGUGGAGGUGAUCGUCUCCCUGGUGGCCCCGUCGGCCAAUUCUUGGAGGCGAAAGGUGGUGCUGAUUCUGAGCAGUUCGGUGCCGGUCAACUGGGCCAUCGUUGCUCACGACGUCCGGGGUCAUAUCUUGAUUCACUCUUCUAACAGUGUUUCCCCUCCCUACCCUCCUGAGCCUGAACUGAGUCUGACGACCACACUCAUCCCUGACCUGUCCACCAUACCGGACCUGCUUGCGUGGGCCAAAAAGAACGGCUACCGCAACGUGACCUCUUACACCGAAGCCGAUCAGGCCAAUCGCUUUGUCAUCCAGCUGGUCGAGACCAAGGCAGCGAUGAAGGCCAUUGCCGAGAGGCCCGCGUGGGCUGAGGAGCGCCAGCUGAGAGAGUGGCUCACUGGCGGAGGGAGAGCCCGCCGGGGCCGAGACGGUUUCGCAGUGCAGUGUGAAGACGGACGCCUCAGCGUGGCAGUGGACCAACGCAUCCUACAGAGUUUGCCUGUGCCUGUUUGGGCUGUAACGUUGCGAGACCCGACAUGCCAGGCUCAGUCCAACGGGAGUCAUUUCCUGUUAGUGUUCCCUGUCAUUUCCUGUGGGACUGAGGGACAACUCCUGGGACAGACUCGAGGGGUGCAGUACAAAAACACGGUGAUUUUAUGGAAAGAGCAGCCUGCCACCGCGCUGUCAAACAAUGAGACUGAUUGGAUCUCCAGAAGUUCACUCGGAGUCCACGCGCCCUGGGUUCCGGUUCCUGAUCCUGGACCGUUGCACUUUUCCUCACCCAGACUCAAAUCGGGGCCUUUGCUUCUCCUGAAGCUUUUCGUCACGGAGAGCUACAAACGGCGACGCGUUGGACCCUGCGUCAUCGCUGCUGACCAGCGUGUUUAUGUCGAGAUUUCUGCCAAGGGGGCCUCCAUCGACAUCGCCGAGGUGAAGUCAUGUGUCGUCUCCCCUCUGUCAGACCCCAAAAGCUCUCCGUUCUGGGCUGUCAUACGCAACAACUGUCUCGCCGACCCCUCGCUUACCUUUCCGCGUGCAAAAGUGGAGCGGGAGACCGAAGAUGCUGAUGAGCAGGAGGAAGAGCCGGAAGACGGACUCGAUGAUAAAAAAGGUUCCGAGGAGAUCAGCGAUGAGGAUGACGGCAUCUCCGUUGACAAGAAAGGCAAGGGGAGAGAAGACCACCCCUCGCGGAAGGACGCAGUGAUAAGGCCGCUACGAUUUAGUUUCGUCCUGCGACCGGUUUACAACGUCUCCAUGCAGUUUCUCCACUGCAGCCUUCGCCUCUGCGUGUCCGACAAGACGACAAGGGAGCCCACAAAGAAGAGAGUCGGAAAAGAAUGUCCGGAUGGUAAACGUAUCCCUCCGCUUUUGUCGAGGACCCUCGGACAGCAGUGCGAGAUUCGAAACCUGUCCCGGCCCAUGGUGGUCACUCAGCCGGUGAGCUCGCUGGCGCGUAAAGCGCCGAAGACUUCCACGGUCCUACGAACCAAGAGACUGAGUGUCUCUCCUCAGGCCAUUCCUGCCUCACCACAACAAAGAAGUUCUUCAUUGCAGACGGGUCCGCUGAUUGGAAUCGCCUUGGCAGCCUUUGUAUUGGGGGUCGGUUUGAUGGCGGGGCUGUGGUACGUCUGCAGUCCCACAGGUAAUGCCAUCAACACAACUGCCACAUGUGUAAUCAGCAGCAGGCCAGACAAUGAGUAA